GGCAACGUCUCAACUCAUCUGUUUUUAUUUUGUCAUCUGCUCUAAAAUACAUAAAUAAAUAAAUAAAAUGGAUAAUCAUCAAAAUCUCGUUAAUUGCUGCAUCUGCGGUGUUUCAGAUAAGCCAAUUGUCUCCCUAAAAGUUGAAUAUUCUCACCAGAUGUGUGAAUUGUUGGGAAAGAAUGACAUUUUUCUGCAAGAAAAUUCAGCCCAACAAAUAAACAAACCAAGUUGGAAUAAUUGUUAUCACUGUUUAGACUUAAUUUCUAAACUAAAACUUUUACUAUCCAAACAAGCCCAAAUUCUAGAUCAGAUUAAGGAAAAGAUUGCGAAAGGUAUCAAAGGGAAUGAGAUGAUCCUGAAAAGAUUAACAUUUUGUACAGAAGCCAAGAAGAACAUCACUCUCCUCAAAACACCUGAAAUCAAGGAGGAGGAGGAAGAAGAAGAAUACAAAUCCGAGACUGAAUUCGAACCAUCUCAAUUCUUCUGCAAAAUUGAAGUGGAUCCUGACCCAGAAGACUUGAAACAUGAGGAGGACGAGGUUGACCCUGCAUCUCCCACUCCUACCGAAGAGGAGAAAAUUGCAGAUCUCUAUACCAUCACGCCGUUCGAAAUCCGCCGACCAAAAUCUCCCCCUGGUCCGCAAACCUGCCCCACGUGUAACAAAGUAUUCCACGGACGUCAGUCGAAAUCCCGCCUUCGCGUCCAUAUCGCCCACGUGCAUGGAAAAGUCAAAAACUUCUCGUGUCCUUACUGCCGAAAUAAUAAAGCCUUCGCCACCAAACAACUCUGGCUUCGUCACCUCCUCCAAAAGCACGAAAUCCUGACCACCGAUAAACCCUUAUCAUGCACCUUCUGCCCAAAAAAGUUCGCAAUUUCACAACUGUACGAACGCCACGUGGAAAAUCACACCAAAUUUGAUGAAAUUUCUCCAUUUUUCUGCCCCAUUUGCGACACACGAUUCAAACAAGAAGAACAAUUAAAGCGUCACACGGUAAAAUCAUGUCAAACCUUUGAACGGGUCAAGGACAAAAAUAAGUAUCCCUGUUCUCUUUGCAACAUCAAUUUUUUUAAACCCGUCAAACUCGCGAUCCAUGAAAGGCUUCAACAUGCCGACCGGUUGACCUGGAUUUGUCCCACGUGCGGCUCCCCGCAUUUGGCUGAAUCUCAUCUCGCGACACAUUCCCUACUCCACGAAGACAAUGCGGAUUCGUAUUCCUGCCUCGUCUGCAAGCGGGCCUCCUUUACGACGAAGGACGACCUAAGCCUGCACCUCUCGUCGUGCCACACCGGCGAAGAAACCGUCCCCUGUGGGGUCCCAGGCUGUCUUGCCCUCUUCUCCAGCCUGGCCGAUAAGUUCCACCAUCUGGGCUCCGUGCACAAUGAGGCCGCCUUUUCGUGUAGCUCGUGCGACGAAAAGUUUCUCACUUUAUCCGCAAAGGUCGCCCAUGAAGGCUGCGCCCAUCGGGAUGCGGGCGUCGAAUCAUUUCCCUGCGAGUGGGAGGCGUGUGGCGACGUUUAUUCGUCGAGGGAGCUAUUACGCAAGCAUGUCGUUCGCGUGCAUAAGCCGAGUGGGCCGAAAAUUUGUGAAAUUUGUGGGAAAGAAUUGACUACGUUGGGGUCUUACCGGGAUCACAUGAAGAUUCAUAGUGGGGUUAAAGACUUAAUUUGUGAGGUUUGUGGGAGGGGGUUUUCCUGCGUGAAAAUCUUACGGGAUCACAGGGUCACGCACACGGGAGAGAGACCCUUCAAGUGUAAGCUGUGUGAGAAGGCGUAUACGCAGAGACACGUGCUGAAGAGUCAUGUGAGAAAGGUGCAUGGUGGGGGUGGAAGUUAGUAUUUACAUGCAAUUCUCGCAAAAAGUUUGCCAAGGUCGCAAAAUUUUUGGCGUGAGGGGAUUCGCAGGAUUUGAUUUUAUAGAUUUUACGAAGUUCUAAAAAUAUUCCUGUUUGGAUGUAAUUUUUAUGGAUCUCCGUAAUUUGAGAAUUAGUAAUUUGUAAUUAGCUUCUCGUGGAGGGGAUGAGUUUGUGAAAUAGCUUUGCGAAAAUUCUAUUGCUCUUCAAAAGUUAGAUAUGCGAAAUCUGUCAAACCUUUUUAAAAACAUUUUUGUUAUGUUUAAUUAUGCGAUAAUUUAUGAGAUGUACUUAAUAUUAUUUUAUUACGUAUGUAAAUGUGGUGGCCCAUGUCAUACAGAAGUAGUAGUAGUAUGUAGUAAGUUGAUUAUUUUUCAAUGAGAUAAAUAUUACUAAAGCUACUGUAUGUGUGACCUGUUUGAUAUCGAAUUUCCGUAAAUAAAUUAUUCACAAUUAUGUAUCCCUAA